AGGGAGCAUUCAGUUUCGUACCAGCGUUCGAGGCAAGCAGUCGUGUUUUGUACAAGCUCUGUUCCCCCUCGGUUAGAAGUUUCGUUCAGCAGUUUGAGAUAUCGAAAGCAACGCAAGUUUUGCAUAAACAAACGCGCGCUGGUUUACGUGAUUUCUACGUGAUUUGUGAAUCCACCUGAAGAAGUUAAGCUCAAGUUCAGCAAAAAUGGCCAUCGCAUUCUACAUCCCAGCGAUUGACGACGAAGUCGAGCGUCAACAUCAACUUCAACUGCAGCAGCAGUACCAACAGUAUCAGCACCAGUCGCCACCGCCAACGCCCACAACUCCGACGGAGUCGAUUCCGCCAACUCCACCGCAUACUCCGACGAUGACCCAGGUUAGCAUCCACCACAAUCGGUACCACCUGGUCCAGGCGUUCCACGAGAUUCUGUUCCGACAUGCCCAAGAAAAUUCCCCGACGCGAACACGCUGUCUGCUGUGCAACAAGCUGUACUAUCUGCUCCGCAAAGUGUAUUGAGAAGUCUUAGUCAGUGACCAGAAACUCUUAGCAAGUGUUCCCAAGAUUUAAUUCGACAAAGUUAGCAAACAAAAAACGUUGUGUUAAUUAAAUUAUCAACAUCCACCUGAAGGCUCGCACUCCGAGGCAAUAAAGUGAAAUUUAUUUGCGCUUGGAUGGAGCGAGUGAAAAAAAAUCUUGAAGGUUCAGUGCGACCUGGAACGUCCGGGAAGGACUUUGACCUGGUCGUGCCGAUAGUCAAAGGAUGUGCUGUUAUACUCCGUGAUCCAGAAGAAAGUUGUGAUUCUGGCAGUUGGAAUCAUCAACUAGAUCUUGAGGAACCAGCCAGUACCUGGGCGGGGUGGUUAUGUGCCACACAGCUCGGUGCAGAACGUGACCAAUCAAAAAACUUGUAGCGAAUAAAGAUUAGUGAAUCUAAAGUGAUUGUAGCAGUAAAUCAAUAAAGAUAUCGUGAAACGAAA